CUGUCUCUCCAUCACAAUGAACUCAAAUCCACUAUUCUUGUAAAUUAUCUUACAUUAUUUUUGAAUGUUUUUCCACCCUUUGUUUAUAGUUCAGUGGUAUUCCUGAGGACUGUGUCGAAAACAGUCCUCACUGUCAAAGUGAGAGAAGAGCCAGACAGAGAGUCCUUCAGCUGAAGCGUUUAGUAUAACAACGGGGAAACAACACCGGUUCAGUGUGUUGUUUACAAAUGUGGAUUAUGGAGAAGUUGCCUAUUUAAUUCUAAAACAAUUUCCAGACUAGAGGGUCGUGCACAAAUCUGUCGGGAUGCUCGAAGAGUCAUAGCGAGGAAAGUAAUCACACUCCUCAGUAAAGGCCCUAAUGGAGAAUGAGACCUCCAUCUCCUCGGGAUACAUCCCACAUUACCUCCUUCGAGGGGAUCCCUUUGCCUCCAAACUGUCCAAGGAGGCAGACAUAGUGGCAGCUUUCUACAUCCUUAUCAUCGGUAUCCUGUCAGCCACUGGAAAUGGCUAUGUCAUGUACAUGACCGCCAAGCGAAAAACAAAGUUAAAGCCGCCAGAGAUCAUGACACUCAAUCUAGCUAUAUUCGACUUUGGCAUAUCAGUCAGUGGAAAACCGUUCUUCAUAGUGUCUAGUUUUUCUCACCGCUGGCUGUUCGGCUGGCAGGGUUGCCGCUACUAUGGCUGGGCCGGAUUCUUCUUUGGAUGUGGAAGUCUGAUUACUAUGACUAUCGUCAGCUUUGACCGCUACUUGAAAAUCUGCCAUUUAAGAUAUGGCACUUGGUUGAAGCGUCAUCAUGCUUUCCUCUCAGUGGUUUUCACUUGGGUUUAUGCUGCAUUCUGGGCCACCAUGCCAGUGGUGGGCUGGGGUAACUACGCACCUGAGCCGUUUGGCACCUCUUGCACACUGGACUGGUGGUUGGCACAGGCCUCAGUGUCUGGCCAGAGCUUUGUGAUGUGUAUGCUAUUCUUCUGCCUCAUCCUCCCCACCGGCAUCAUCGUCUUCUCCUACGUCAAGAUCAUCUUCAAGGUGAAAUCCUCAGCCAAAGAAGUCUCUCACUUCGACACUCGGAAUAAGAACAACCACAGUCUGGAGAUGAAGCUGACUAAGGUGGCGAUGUUGAUCUGUGCAGGGUUUUUGAUAGCCUGGAUCCCGUAUGCUGUGGUGUCAGUGGUGUCUGCUUUUGGAGAACCUGAUUCAGUGCCUAUUCCUGUCUCUGUUGUGCCAACUUUGCUGGCCAAAUCUUCUGCCAUGUACAAUCCGAUCAUAUAUCAAGUCAUUGGCUGUAAAGAGAAGUGUGCAAAAUCGUGCUGUUUUCAGGCUUGGAGAAAAAAGAAACCGUCCAAGACCUCAAGGUUCUACACCAUCGCUGGCUCAAUCAAACAGAGACCAGCCAAUGAAGUUUCAAUUGAGAUAUGACAGGAACUCACAAUGGGCCUGUGAUUGGACACUGGGCAAUUUGCAGCUGUGCAAUUUAGACAGACAAUUCAUACCUGCUAGCUGUGCUUUUGUAUCCCUACUGCCAUCAUCUUAUCAGCAGUGUGUAUAAAAGAAUUAAGAGGUAAUUAUGAUGUAUUUUUAUAUUUUUAUGGUUAUACUGUCUAUUAUUUCAGUGUUCACAGUACCACAACGUUGAAAUCAACCAAGUGUCUGCUUGACAUCACUUUUCAGCAAAUACUGCUCUGUGCUUAGUCAUGUACAUAUUUCUCAUGAAUGGUGAGUAAAAAUACCUUGGCAUAACAAUAAGAACAGCAUAAACAACAAUAGAGAGUUAUACUGUAUGUACAGAACAGUACUGCAUCCAUUUCUUUUUUCCCACAAACUAAAUAGGCACUUAAAGCAACUAUUGAAUUCCUUUUACAUUAUGACAGACAUAGCAUGCUAGUUUUGGGCCAUGUGCAAUGAACGUACAGCAUACAUACAUUGGAAAUUUGAACAUUGUCUCUCAAAACAUUAUCUGUGGUCUUGCGAAUGUUUCAGUUUUCAUAAACUUUUAGUCAUUUAAUUCAUUUGACACUUGAUGACAUGUUUGUUGCUUUUAUCUAUUAUACUUUUGUUGCAUGUUAUUAGCCUGCAACAAAGACAGUUUUCUCUUAGAGGAUAAAGAAGAAUGUCUACAGUUGGUAAAGAUAAGUUGAUUACAAGUUGUGCUGGUGGCUUUUAAACCAAAUAUUUGGUUAAUUUAUUAAAAAAUGUUAAAAAAUUUAGAUUAUAUUGUCAGAAAAGUACCUAAAGUGACUGUACACUGUUAAAUGCUGGUGUUUUUAAUCAGAAGGAAGCUUGUAAAUACUGUAAACAUAUUGCUAAGACAAUGAAAGCUAUAGUAUUUAAUAUGUUGAAUGGAUUGGACUUCAGGUACGUUUACACAGUGAUUUGCUAUAUAUAGCAAACAGUAUGCUAUAUAAAGUUUUGCAUAUAUUUGAUAAUGUCAAAUGCCAGGCCAUUGUCACUUUAUAAGAAAAGCGUAUAUAAAGUUCUGUGGUCUGCCAUAUUUUUAUUUAUUUAUUUAUUUUUGCUUGUCUAGUAAUUGCAAAUACAUAUAGAUUGAACUUUAAAGGGUUAGUUCAUUCAAUAAUAUAAAAUUAUCCCUGAAUGAGUGCGUUUUGGUGACUUUUUAUGAGUUCCCACUUAAAUAUGCUUGGCGUUAAUAGCAGGUUUGGCAGGCUGUCCCUGGAGAGAACCCUGAGCUCGAAGAUACUUGACAGUAAGUCAAUAAGCAUAUAAGGGGAUGCGGGAUCAGGUAGGUUUCAAGAGCUCCCCUUAGAAAAGGGAGAAAAGGGAGGAGGUAGGGUGGAAGGGGGGAAUCAAAACGAAGAUAGAGCAGUAGGGAAAACACGAUUCAUUUAUUGUAAGCUUGGAUCAUUCUGAUUGGAUUAUUACUGAUUACAGAUGAGCAAUCAUGCUCAAUCAUAUCACAUGCUCCUCUCGAAAUUAGUUCACAUAGCAUUCAGAAAAAACAAAACCCCAGCGAAGAAACUCGACACAGCGGAACAAAAAAAAAACCUACUGCUAGCUAGCGUUUCGGAAGUGUUACAGCAUGCAGAAGUAUAAAUGCAUGACUACGCACAAGGCUUGCGCCGUGGAUCAUGACGAUCACUCGACACAGAAGUAUAAAUCUGCCUUUACUCACCCUCAAGGCAACCUAAGUGUGAGUUAUUUUAAAUAUGGUCUCGAGCUUUUCUAGCUCUAAAAUGGCAAUGGUCAGAAGUCCAAAAGAAAUCUUUUUUCACUGCAUUUUCAUGUUUAUUUCAACUGAGCAUUAAUUACACACUCAAUGGAUAGGAAAAAAAACACAAUUCAUUCCAGUCCAGCUGGUGGCGCUAAUGCACCAAAAAUACACUUCAAAAGAAGAAGUCGCUGGAAGUUACAAAAACUGUUCUAAAAAGUUUUAAGUAUAGAUAUAUUUCUUACAAAAAUACAUGGAUAUACACUGCCUGGAGACACUUUUUAUUAUGAAUGGACUUGACUUUGGACUGCUGAUUAAAAAUCAGCCAACCAUUGCCAUUUUAGAGCUGGAAAGGGUCAAGAUAAUUUUUAUAUAUUCUCUUAUUGGAUUCUAUUUUUUCUUAUUGGAAAGAGGACAGUCAGAUACACCUAUGAUACCUUGAGGGUAAGUAAAUCAUGGGAUGAUUUUCAUUUUUUGGGUGAAUUAACCUUUUAAAUACAUGAGUAUGACGUCCUUGUUUUCAGAAACAAAACCUUUUUUUUGUAAUUUUGUAACGAUAUGACAAUGGUACCAUUUUAAAACUUGCACUUUGAAACUAGUUUUAGAAAAACUUAAAUAAAAAUAUUUUUCUUUUUCAUGUCCCAUGUAAAUAAAUUGCC